UCAAACCUCUAGAAGCCUCCAUCACCACAUUUCCUGUUUGUAACUGAACAAAGUACACACAAAAGAUUUUAAAACACAGAAGAGAGAAACCCGAGGUACGGUUACAGACACGUUUUACUGGCACACUGCUUCUAAAAUACCAGAGCACCUUUACCAAGAAAAAAGGAGUUUGUGGGAGCCUUUUUAAUCCAGACAUUUCCCUUAUGGCUACAUAAGGAUUUCUCUGACAAAGGAAGCAUGUCAGGAAACUCUGAAUGCCAGUUUUAUGCCUGGAUAAUUGUAGCCUUUUUGGGGUUAGCUCUGGUUGUAUCACUGAUCUUCAAUAUUUCCCACUAUGUGGAAAAGCAGCGACAAGAUAACAUGUACAGGUACCCUGAAGACUACAUUCCCAGGGAGGAUGAAUAUUAUAUUGAAGACACACCAAUUUAUGGUAACUUAGAUGACAUAGUCCCAGAACCAGUGGAUGAAAAUUGUUAUGAACAAAUGAAGGCUCGACCAGAGAGAUGUACAAAUAAACUGCAAGAAGUGACCCCGCCUGCACAGGCAACCGAGGAAGGACAGAUGCUCUAUGCCUCACUGGAUCACAGCUGUGGGGGGAAGAGCAGGAUGCCCAAGAAGGAGAACAGUAAUUUGUUAGACAAGGAUGAAGAUGGGCAGUUACACGCAGGGGAUGCCAGCCUUUCCAAGAUCACUUCGGUAGACAAUUUCCCACUUGAGAGCCAGGAAAUAGAGGAAAAUGUUCAUGAUGAUCCCAUCCGAUUGUUUGGAUUGAUUCGUGCAAAGAAAGAAUCUAUAAACUAGAUGGACUGUGAUCCAGCUCAAUAAUCCAGCUCUUACUGGAGAUGUUAAAGCCAACAAAAUCCGUUUACCACACGACAUGAUUUGGAAGGGUGUCGAUCUAUAUCAUUUGUUAGUGAGAUGGUGGCUGACCUCUUAUCCAGAGCUUAUGUUCUUGCACACCAAAUGUAAUGCCAUGAAAAUCAGUUAUUUGAAUUUGCUUAACGAAUGCCUAAGUCGUAAAAUGUAAAAGUCAAGUCUGCACAUGGAGCCCAAUUAUGGAGUCAUAACUUCACCAACAACACUGAAUACUCAGAGAAAUAAAACAAACAAAACAAAUGUUUUAAGCACAAGUAUAUUCUAGGACACAUUGAAAGAAAAAUAAAAGCCACCUUUUAAAAAAAUAUUUCAUCCGUUUUCAUCCACGUAACAUCACUUAAUUGAAAGAAAUUUCUGAUCGAAAGACCUGGGACAUUAAAUACAUCCCUACAAGAAGUGCAAGAAUCUUCUUAAGAAGAAUUGUUCCAAAAUGGAAGUAUCUUUAUUGCUUUUAAAAAUUAUUAUAAAGUUAGUGCAUGCUCCCUAUAACAAUAGACAAAUAUACAAAAGAAGUUGGAUAUCACACUAGCCAGAGAUAAUUACAAGGAGCAACUAUCCAUAUAUACAUGCAUACAUCAGUUUUCUUUCUUUUUUUCUUUUUUACCAAGAAAAGGGAGUGAUUAUUUUAUACAUAUUAUUUAAACUUUUUCCACUUAAUAUAUUGGAGAUUUAUUUUCCUUGUUUUUUUUUUUACUAUAACUAAAUACAGUUAUACAUUAUCAUUUUAAUGCCUGCAUAGCAUCUCAUGGAUGACUACAUUAGAAUUUAUUCAAAUAAUUUGAAAGUACAUUUAGCUCAUUUCCAAGUUCUGUUUUUCACUUUUAUAAAUAAUAUUGCAGUGAGAAUGCAUCCCCACCGGUGCUUACACACUUACCUGACUUCUCAAGGCUAAAUGCCUAGGAAAAGAACUGUUGCUUUAAAAGGUGUACAUAGUGAGUCUCCAUUGAAUAUAUUUCUAAAAGGCCAAGAGUUUGGUCAAGUUAUGUGUCCAAUUUAAAUUCCUAAACUGCCCCCCAAAAUUAAAAAAAAAAAAACCUCUCUGUUAUUUUUCUAUUUGGAAUAGGAGUUUAACUGGGUCUCAAGUCAUCACUGACCAAGGGAAGUAUACAUGUGAGCUGUCCUGCCCUCUAACCACAGCCUAGUGGAUUUUAUUCAUUCUUUCUUCAGUUCUUUGUUGAGUUCCUAGUGUAGCAGAGGCACUAAGUUAGAAGUCAUGUACAGUGAGGGAAACAGAGGUAAAACAAGGUAGGCCCUGCUCCCAUGGAGUUAUAAAUGGGUAGAAAAGAUGAGUAUCAGGUUAAUAGAGUAUCAGUACUAGUAAAAAAAUAUAUAACUAAGAAAAUACAAGAAUGAGAAAUAAUGAUGGAGAGAAGGGCAUCUCUGAAGAGAAAAUUUUAAUUCUGAGAACUGAACAAUGAGGAGCCACCCAUGGAAAGAGAGAGAGGAAGGAAGAGCAUGUUGUGGAAGAACUCUGUCCAUACUUGGAAGUACCAACUUCGGUCAGUAAUUGUUUUCCGUUAUGAACUGGCAUAACAUUAAAUGCCAGUGCUAAAGUAAAAUCUCUGAAGUUGUCCACAGCGCCAUGAAAAAAAAUCUGAAAACU